CAUUACCCGUCUCAAAUUACCAGAAGAAUCUAAGUAAAUAACCACUUGUUGUCUAUCCCAUAUAUACGACCUAGCCUCCCGCUUCAAGAAGAUGCCAGCAGACACUUUCGGAGAUCUUGCCGGGAAAGUUGCCAUCGUCACUGGUAGCGGCCGGCCUAACGGGAUAGGAGCCGCAAUCGCCAAAACGUUGGCGCGUAAUGGCGUUUCCGUGGCCAUUAACUAUGUCUCCGAGCGAUCAGCCAAGCCGGCAGAAGAGGUAGCCAAAUCCAUCCGCGAUGAGUACAAGGUCGGCGUAGCACUAGUCCGGCAAGACGUCUCUACUCCGGAAGGCGCCCAAAAGAUUGUCGCUGAGACGAUGAAGCAACUAGGAGUAGACCAUAUCGACAUACUCGUCAACAACGCCGGGCUCUCAUUGCCUGGUCCUCUCCUAGAGGCCAAACUCGAAAACAUCGAGAAGACAUUCUCGGUCAUGGUGUACGGCCCGUUGUUCAUGACCCAAGCGGUCGUCGGCCUAGGUAAGAUGCCGAAAGGAGGCAGGAUAAUCAACAUCGGCAGCGUAGGCUCGAGGACCUUUCCAACUGCUCUGCCCGUUUACUCAUCGGCCAAAUCGGCGUUGGACGUCAUGACGGUGUUUUGGGCUGGCGAACUCGGCCGUAGUCAUGGCAUCACAGUGAAUACGUUGGCACCGGGUCCAAUCGCCACCGAUAUAGUCGAUAAGACGCCGGAAGUUGCCGAUGAUCUGGUCGCCUUGCAACGAGGUUCUGAUCGUAUUGGUGUACCGCAAGAUAUGGCCGAUAUAGUGCUACUAAUCGCAUCGGAGAAGAGCCAUUGGCUGACUGCUAAGUAUAUUGCUGUAGAUGCUGGUAUUCUCGGAAAUGUUUGAGUCCUGACAAGCUGGAAGUGGGAUGGUGGUUUUUGGGUAUUCCAUCUCCGCUCUAUUAAGGCACGCCAG